AUGGUGGUGCCGCGGGGGCGCAACGCAGUAGCUCUGUACUGGACCGCGACAGCCAGCAACAGCAUCGUCGCUGCGUCGCUGCGUUGUGGCGGGAGUUUAAACCGACCUUCGGAGGUGAGGCCCGCAGCACACCGGCCUGGAGCAGACGCCCAGGACCUACGCGGGACACUUCGAGGCCAAGAUGACUUGUGGCUACAAUUUGUUUCAUGUCUCAAGGACCCAUUCACUUCUGUUUUUCGUGCCAUUUUCACGCUGGUGGUCAGUGAGGUCGGCCCAGGGCUGCUGCUACACAGGCAGAGCGGUCUGACGAGCAGUGCUAGGUCCACGCCAGGGAUCCAUACCUGCAAACCCCGGACUGCCGAAGUGGAGCCCACGAACUUAACCACUACGCCACUGGGUUGGCCCCUUGUUUUGAGCUUCACGGUUAAGCACCUGCCUUAUUCUCUCUCUCUCCCAAAGAGCACUGGUCCUGUGGAAAAGGGGGCCAGGAGGUCAGUUCUGCAAUCUGGCCUGAGCUCAGCUGGGCGGUUCUUCUGUUUACCUGGUAUCUGCUGGGGCUGGAAUGUCCAAGAGGGCUUCUUCAACUCACAUUUCCAGCACUUCAGCUGGAAUGGCUGGAACAGUGGGGGCUGGCUGGGCUCACCUGUCUCUCCAUGUGGUCUCUUCAUCAGGGUAGCUGGGCCUCUUUACCAGGUAACUCAGGACGUCAAGAGACAGUGUCCCAAGAGGACAAACCUCAGCAUUCAAGCACUUGUCAAGCCUCUGCUUGUGUCGCUCUUGCUAAUGUCUCAUUGGCCAAAGCAAGUCACAUGGCCAAUCCCAGAGUUAAUAUGUGAGGGACUAUAAAAGAGCAUGGGGGCCGGCCCGGUGGUGCAGCGGUU